CCCUCUCUUCUCUUCUCCUUUUGCCGCCCACUUUCCACUUUCUCCAUCUUCUUGUUUACUUCUACGCAACCCACCCUCAAUCAUCCACAAUGCCCCAGCCCGUUCCCCCCUCCUGGAAGGACCUCGGCAAGUCCGCCUCGGACCUGCUCGAGAAGGACUACCCCAUCCACGGCACCUCGCUCGAGGUCAAGACCCUCACCCCCUCCAACGUCGCCUUCAAGGUCGCCGGCACCCGCGACUCGGCCUCCAACGUCAUCACCGGUGACAUUGAGGGCAAGUACACUGACUUCAAGAACGGCUUGACCGUCACCCAGGCCUGGACCACCUCAAACCUCCUCCGCACCCAGGUUGAGCUCGAGAACCAGCUCGCCAACGGCCUCAAGCUCGACCUCAACACCACCCUCAACCCUGCCAAGUCGCAGAAGGCCGCCAUCCUCACCGCCAUCUACAAGCAGCCCUCGGUCCACACCCGUGCCGUCGCCGACGUCUUCAAGGGCCCCACCUUCACCGCUGACGCCGUUGUCGGCCACGAUGGCUUCCUUGUCGGUGGUGAGGCGUCGUACGACGUCCAGGCUGGCAAGCUUAACCGCUACGCCGCCGCCAUCGGCUACUCGGCCCCCGAGUACGCCGUUACCAUCCGCUCGCUCCAGAACCUCUCCAUCUACUCGGCCUCGUACUACCACAAGGUCUCGAAGGACGUUGAGGCUGGUGCCCGUGCCGUCUACGACACCAAGGCCACCACCGGUGGUGUCUCGAUCGAGGUCGGCACCAAGGCGUACCUCGACAACGCCGCCUUUGUCAAGGCCAAGAUCAACAACGCUGGUCUCCUUGUCCUCGGCUACACCCAGGCUCUCCGCCCCGGCGUCAAGGCCUCGUUUGGCCUUGCCCUCGACACCACCAAGCUCAACGACACUGCCGCCGGCAACGCCGCCCACAAGGUCGGCGCCUCGUUCACCUUCAACUCGUAAACUAUUGUACUACGGGGAGACGGAAGCAGGACAAGGGAAUGCAGAGUGGUUGCAAAUGCGGGAAACGCAGAGGUACUUAAGUGUUCACGAGGCGAAGCUACGAGGGUUGCGUGCAUUGACUGUGUAGCUGACGACCUUGGCGGCUGACGGCUGAUGGGCUGCGGCGGCGCGGCGAGCUGACAUGAGCAGGAGGAUGAAUAUCAUUUGGUGUCGUCGGUACUCGGCUUGAGAACCGUUGAAGCCUGAUCGCACCUGAACAGCGUUGCUGCGACGCGUCGGCAAGAGUGCUCGGCUAAUAACCUUUGUCCCAUGCUGGUCUCGCAUGCCAGACUCAUUUUAAGAGCUAGUCAAUUGACUAUGUAAAACAGAGAAUCCCC